GCGGGCGGGCCCGGGCCGGAGGAGGAGGUGUGCGGAGAGGGGUGGCCUCGCAGAGCGGCUUCCCACGGCCUCGGUCUGGGCCUGGGGAACCGGCAGACGCAGUCAGGGCGCCAUGCCGCCUCCGAGUUUUUGAUGGGGCUGGAGAGCUGCUUGCACGGCCGUGAAGUGCGAAGCGCCCGGGCCUUGGGAUGUCUCUGGCAGACGAGCUCUUGGCCGACCUUGAGGAAGCAGCUGAAGAGGAAGAAGGAGGAAGCUAUGGGGAGGAGGAAGAAGAGCCAACUAUCGAGGAUGUGCAGGAGGAGACACAGCUGGAUCUCUCUGGGGACUCGGUCAAGAGCAUCGCCAAGCUAUGGGACAGCAAGAUGUUUGCUGAGAUCAUGAUGAAGAUCGAGGAGUAUAUCAGCAAGCAAGCCAAGGCUUCUGAAGUGAUGGGCCCCGUGGAAGCAGCCCCCGAGUACCGGGUCAUUGUGGACGCCAACAACCUGACCGGGGAGAUCGAGAAUGAGCUGAACAUCAUCCAUAAGUUUAUCCGGGACAAGUACUCGAAGAGGUUCCCCGAGCUGGAGUCCCUGGUCCCCAAUGCUCUGGAUUACAUCCGCACAGUUAAGGAGCUGGGCAACAGCCUGGACAAGUGCAAGAACAACGAGAACCUGCAGCAGAUCCUGACCAACGCCACCAUCAUGGUCGUCAGCGUCACCGCCUCCACCACCCAGGGGCAGCAGCUGUCGGAGGAGGAGCUGGAGCGGCUGGAGGAGGCCUGUGACAUGGCGCUGGAGCUCAACGCCUCCAAGCACCGCAUCUACGAGUACGUGGAGUCCCGCAUGUCCUUCAUCGCGCCCAACCUGUCCAUCAUCAUCGGCGCGUCCACGGCCGCCAAGAUCAUGGGUGUGGCCGGUGGCCUGACCACCCUGUCCAAGAUGCCCGCCUGCAACAUCAUGCUGCUGGGGGCCCAGCGCAGGACGCUGUCGGGCUUCUCGUCCACCUCGGUGCUGCCCCACACUGGCUACGUGUACCACAGUGACAUUGUGCAGUCGCUGCCCCCGGAUCUCCGGCGGAAAGCGGCCCGGCUGGUGGCCGCCAAGUGCACGCUGGCGGCCCGCGUGGACAGUUUCCACGAGAGCACGGAGGGGAAGGUGGGCUACGAGCUGAAGGACGAGAUCGAGCGCAAGUUUGACAAGUGGCAGGAGCCGCCACCCGCCAAGCAGGUGAAGCCGCUGCCCGCGCCCCUCGAUGGGCAGCGAAAGAAGCGAGGUGGCCGCAGGUACCGCAAGAUGAAGGAACGGCUGGGGCUGACGGAGAUCCGGAAGCAGGCCAACCGCAUGAGCUUCGGGGAGAUUGAAGAGGAUGCCUACCAGGAAGACCUGGGCUUCAGCCUGGGCCACCUGGGCAAGUCAGGCAGCGGGCGCGUGCGGCAGCGCACGCUGCAGAAGCAGAGCGUGGUGUAUGGCGGGAAGUCCACCAUCCGUGACCGCACCUCGGGGACUGCCUCCAGCGUGGCCUUCACUCCACUCCAGGGCCUGGAGAUCGUGAACCCGCAGGCAGCCGAGAAGAAGGUGGCGGAGGCCAACCAGAAGUACUUCUCCAGCAUGGCCGAGUUCCUCAAGGUCAAGGGCGAGAAGAGCGGCAUCCUGUCCACCUGAGGGGCCGCAGGUCCAGGGGCCUCUGAGGCACGUGGAGUCCAGCCCUCCUUCCGCAGGGGCCUGGGUCCAGGCUGGGGCGCCUGCCCCGCCAUUGCUCUGUCCCCGGCCCAUCCAGGGAGCCUGGAUCUGGCCCGGCCAGCCUCCCUGGGGCUGCGGUCACCGCCCCGUUCGGGCUGAGCGGGGCUUCAUCACAGCUCGGCUUGCCAUGUUAGCUGUGAAGGGAGGUGCUUUUCGUGGAGAGAGUACAAUUAAAAGCUUGUUAUUAACAUC